CUAACCCAUGCUAUUUGCUUAACAGGUCAGUGGGCAAACUGAUGCAACAGAGGACACACAGAAGCUCUGUUCUGCAGGCUGGUUGUGAAGUUCCUGUUUUUUGGAGAAAACGAGGAAGAUGGCAGCGAUGUAUCGCUCAACCUCUCUGGAGAACAAGGAAUUAAUGGCUCUGUAUGGAGGGGAAAGAGACCAUUACUUCACAGAUGAGGAGUGCACCAGUGAGGAGUAUGAUCUGGAGUCAGAGUGCAGCGGGGAAGUAAAAAGUGGUAGAAGCAUUCGCAGCGCUCUGUCGCUGGAAAUCUACGGUCUGCAGAGGGAGCAGCAUGUUUACUUCUCCAACCAGGAGUACUACAGGAGGCUGGAGGAGCUGAAGAGUGCUCACCUGAGGAACAUGGCCGAGCUGGAGAAGAUGUACAUUAGCCAGAGCGGGGAGAGGCAUGGAGAGGAAGAUGACGGAGGUCUGGAAAGAACACAGAAAAGAGAGGACAGACUGUCAAUCAGUAGCGGCCCUGCCAGGAAACUCCAGAGGAUCAAUUCCCAGGAGGAGCUGGACUUCCAUGACACAUCCAGCGGUUCGGACCAAUCAGAGCUGUGUGGAGAGGACAGCAUGGGGGAACCGGAGCUGGACAAUCCAAGAAGAACUCCUGCCCAGGACCGAACCUUUGGGAGAGACUACCAGCUGAGCCCAGAAGAACUGAUGAACCAGAAGCAGUUUCGAUUCCAGCCUAAAUCCUCCUGUGCGAAACCACGGGGAAGACCGUCCCGUCAAACUGGGGUCCGGGACAGGUCAAACCUUAACGUCACCGUGCCCAAACCCUUCCAGAUGAUGCUUAGAGAGGAGGAGAGGAAGAGGCACAAGGUGCGAACUCGCUCGGAGAUUGAGCUGGAGAACAUGUUGCUGAGACGGGAGCUGGAGGAGCUCCAAGAAUGCCAGAAAAAGUUCCGGGCAUCGCCAGCACCGGCGCACAUACAUGUACCUCUCUACGAAAUGAUCAGCCGUCGCCACGGUCAGCGAUCCGACAGAAGCAGAAGUAGCAGUAGUCUCAGUAACUGUCGCACCAGAAGUAACCAGGCCUCUGCUGCUGCUGCUGCUUCACCACCACCACCACCACCACCACAGCCUUUCCAUUUCCUGGAGAGAGAGAGGAGGAAGAAGGAGGCCAAGAUUGUGGCAGAGCUGGAGAAGCUGGGACCAAAAGAGGAACGACAGGCCUUCAAGGCUAGACCCAUGCCUAGCUCGGUGUACGGCACCAAACACAGAGCAAACAGCAAGAACACAAGCCAACAGUUUCUAACCAUCUGCACAUUGGAGAGGGAGGCCACGGAGGGCCAAAGUGAUCCAAACUCCGACCCGGAGCCGGACGUGUCCCACUCCAAGUCGGACACCUCUCCUGACUCCCGUAGGCCCCAGAGAUGCCCGUCCUCCAAGCCCGUUAAGAAGCAGAUCGAGCUGUCCAUUGAGAUGGUGAGGGGCAGGGAGUGGUCCUACCCCGACCCACUCAAAGCCACCGCCUGCAACCUGUACUCCCCUCUGCAGCCAGGUGGCCCCGAGCCUCUGCUCUCUAACAAGAGUGACUACUGUACAUCAGUGUGUGAGAGACAGUGUUCAUAAAUCAAAGAAAGACAGCAAAACGUGAGGAAACCAAUAGCUACAUCUAAACUGUUUUUUUUUUUGUAGAUUAGUUUAAUUCUGCAACUCAAUUGUAAUUUACUGCAGAGUCAUCCAAACAGCAUUUAACACAGAUAGUUUAGGUAUUGUAUGUCCUGUAGCGAGGUAUGGGUUGUUUUUAUAAUACAUUUCAGGGCUUAUUUUUUAACCUUUAAAUUGUAAAUGGAUGGCAUAUUGGAUUUAUCACCCUGACAUUCAUUCACAAACACACACACACUCACACACACAUACACACACACACACACACACA